AUGAGCAGUCGACGGGUUAGAGGGAAAAAAACAAGAUCUGCAAGUGUUGCUAUUAGUGAACAAAAUCAAAUCCCGAAAAUUCAACAACAAAAGAAAGUUGAGGAACGUUCAAUAAUGUGGGAUAAUAUAUUACCUAAACCUGUUGGAGAUGGUCGUAUAAAAGAUAAUGUACCAAUUCCAGAAACAAGAUUAUUACCAGAAAACUUUUUAUAUGCCGAUGAAAAAAAACCUAAUUUAUCAUUACUACGAAACCAUUUAAGUAGAGAAGGUUUACUUCAUCCUGAUUGUGCUAAACGAAUUAUCACAGAAGCAACAAACAUUUUAAAACAAGAACCUAAUAUGAUUGAAGGACAAGCUCCAGUAAUUAUUGUAGGAGAUCUUCAUGGACAAUUUUAUGAUAUGUUAACAAUAUUUGAUGUAAGACCACCAGAGAAUGAAGAAAACACAUUUAUAUUUUUAGGUGAUUAUGUUGAUAGAGGGAGUUUUUCAACAGAAAUUAUAUUAUAUCUUUGUGCAUGUAAAAUUAAUUAUCCUCAUAGGUUUUUCCUUUUAAGAGGUAAUCAUGAAAAUGUUGAUGUUCCACCAUGUAUUACAGUAUUUUCUGCUCCUAAUUAUUGUGACAUGUAUCAUAACAAAGGUAGUUUUAUGAGACUUGAACCUGACUCUAUUUGUUUUGAACAAUUUGAUGCUGUUGAUCAUCCAACAUAUCUUCCUAACAUGCAAGAUGGUAUUUCAUUUUCAAUAGAAGCUUUAAUGGAUCAAUUAGUUGAAGUUGUAAGUGAAUUAAUUCUUAUAACAAAAUAUACAACAGAUGGACCAAAAGAGAAAGAAGAAGAUGCACAAUUAGAAUGUAAAAUUAAAGAAAUGAUGAAAAAGAACUCUGAAAAAGACCCAACAUAUAAACGUCUUGCUAAAAUAAGAAAAGAAUUUAUGGAAAAUAAAGAAAAGAAUGAUAGACUAUUUAAAAGAGCAUUAGAAUUUGAUAAAUUCAAUGAAUCUAAACCAACGUUUAAUGAAUUUAAUAUGAAUAAUCAUAAAACAAAUACACCUACUAAAGACAGAAGAAAACGAGCCACUACCCUUACGAAUUCAACACCAAUGAAAAAAGAAAUUAUGCAAUUGCUUUAA